CCCCCAUAUCGGUCUAUGCCAUUUCUCUAUAAAACCCACCCAAAACCCUACACGUUUUCUCACACACGUUUAUCCAGAAAACCAAAAGAAAUGGCUCUCUCCCGCUCUUACCUUCACUCCCUUCCGCUCCUCUCCGCCACCACAUUCCUCAUCCUCUCCGCCGUCGUUCACGCCAAUUACCCUUCAUCCUCCAUCCUCACUCUCGUCAACAACUGCCCCUUCCCCAUCUGGCCCGCCAUCCAGCCCAACUCCGGCCACCCCGUUCUCGAGCGCGGCGGCUUCUUCCUCAACGCCCUUACCCACCGCUCCUUCCCCGCCCCCACCCAGCCCUGGUCCGGCCGCAUCUGGGCCCGCACCCACUGCACCCAAAACGGACCUCACUUCUCCUGCCUCACCGGAGACUGCGGCGGCCGCCUCGAGUGCAACGGAGCCGGCGGCGCCACACCCUCCACCCUCGCCCAGAUCAGCCUCCACCACGGCGGCCCCGCCGACCUCUACUCCUAUGGCGUCAGCCUCGUCGACGGCUUCAACGUCCCACUCACCGUCACUCCCCACGAGGGCCACGGCGUCUGCCCCGUCGUCGGUUGCAAGGCCAACCUCCUCGCUACGUGUCCCGACCGACUGAAGGUGACGUCACCGAAGGGCGUCGUCGCGUGCAAGAGCGCGUGCGAGGCGUUCGGCACCGACGAGUUGUGCUGUCGGAACCACUACAACAGCCCCCAGACGUGUCGGGCUUCGGGCUACUCGCAGUUCUUCAAGCAAGCGUGUCCCACCACCUUCACGUUCGCCCACGACAGCCCCACGCUCAUGCACCAGUGCUCGUCGCCACGCGAGCUCAAGGUGAUCUUCUGUCACUAGACAGCGAGAGAGAAGGAUGAUUCCUACUUCCAAGUAGUUCAACUUGGAGUUAAGUCCGUGUCUCGGUUUUUAAUUAUUUAAAUAAAAAUUAGGAUUUAAUGGGGUGAAAUAUCAGAGAAAAAAAGGGAAAAGAGGUCUAAUUAGUGCGGUUUAAUUAAGGUAAUGUGUGUUAUGGGGUUACCCUAGGAAAAAAAAAUGUGUAUUAUGGGGGUGUAUGAGGAUGGUUUGGUUGUGUAAUUUGUGUGAUGUUAAUGGAUGGUUACGGAAUGGUAGUGUUUUAAA